AAUCAGGGAAGCCCUGAAGAAGGGGAUUCUAGCCGAACCUGAAGAGGUUUAAGAACUCCAUGUGGACACACGAUUUUAUGAAAAAAUUGUUCCAUCAGAUGUAUCGCGAGGAAAAGAAAUGAAGAGAACGUUUGAGGAUAACCACGCUGGAGGUAAGAAGAGAUGGUACGAGGAAUAUUCGAAGGCGGAGAAGCCCUGCAGACACUCCGUGUCGGAAGUCGACGUGUUGCGUCUGAAGGACGAGGGAAAAAAAUACUUGGACGCCGAAACCUCGACUUUUCAGCUGAAACAGUCCAGGUUGCACGACUCGGAGCAAAAAUGGCUGAAGAUGGCCUUGCAACGUGGUACCACGGCUGAUAAAAUAGCAGCCAGUAUAGUAAUGGUGCAGGAUAAUCCGAAGUACAAUCUAGGUCGUCUGACGUCUGUGGUGUCCCAGGUGCGAGGGGCCAAGCAGAAUCAGUGCGACAUGGUGAUUGCGUCACUGAAAGAGCUCUUCCUUGCGGACCUGUUGCAUCCUAAAUUCAGGUUACUGAAGCUGGAGGAGCAGGAUCUGGACAAGCUGAACCGGGGAAAUGAGCCAGACUCCAUCGUCAGGACUAAUCCUCCCAGGAAUAGACUGCUGGCGCACUGGUACUUUGAGGAUCAGCUCCGCCAGCAAUAUGAGUGCUUUAUAUCCAACCUGUCCUCGGUGGCCUUCGAUACAGUGGAUGCGAAUCGCGAGAAGGCUAUAUCCGCAAUGACAGAUCUGCUGAUAGGCAACGCUGAGCAGGAGCACAGGUUGUUGGAGAUGCUGGUGAACAAGAUUGGCGAUCCACAGAGCAAGGUUGCGUCCAAAGUUGUGUUUUGUAUCAAUAAGUUGCUGUACGAGCAUCCGAAUAUGAAGCUCGUGAUUCUGCGGGAGGUCGAGAAGUUGCUGUUUAGGAAUAAUGUAUCCCAGCGUGCUCAGUAUUACGCCAUUUGUCUGCUGACGCAAUUUGCUUUGGAUAGGAACGACGAUGCGAUAGCUGGUACUCUGAUAGAGGUGUAUUUCGCGUUCUUCAAAGCGUGUCUGAAGAAGGGGGAACCUGACAGUAGGAUGAUGGCGGCGAUUCUGACGGGUGUUAAUAGGGCAUAUCCUUUUGCUAAAGUAGAUUCGAAGGUGUUAAACGAACACGUUGAUGCUGUGUAUAAAGUGGUACAUCUUGGAUCGUUUAAUGUCUCCCUGAACGCCCUUAAUUUGUUGUUUCAAAUUACAGGUAGGAACGAAUCUCAGGCAGACAGAUUUUAUUCAACCUUCUACAGAAAAUUAUUGGACCGACAGUUAGGAAUAGCAAGUAAACGGGCCCUAUUUCUGAACUUGUUAUAUCGAGUUCUUCAAAAGGAUCAAAGCGUGAUACGGUUGUACGCUUUUAUGAGAAGAAUCUUACAAGUAACGCUCUAUUUCUCCGCAAAUAUGGCUUGUGCUAUAUUGUACAUCGUCUCGAAGAUUCUUCAAGGACGCCAGGAUCUGAGACACGCGUUGCUCGAGACGCACGAACCCGUUAAAAUCGAAGCUGACGAGGUGUGCGAAAUAAAUGACAGAGAGUCGGACAUAGAGGAGGUCUGCGUAGUGGAGAAAGCUAAGAAGAAUGAGGAAGAUUCAAUUAUGUUGUCGAAUGUCACGAUUAGCGCGUCAGAAACUAAGUCCGAGAUAAAGGAAGAGACGGAGGAUAUCAAAGUCGACGUGCGGAAUAUAAAAAAAGCGUACGAUCCUUUCUGUCGUAAUCCACUCUUCGCGGGAGCGAGCGCAGGAUUUAACACCGAACUCGCAGCAUUGUCCAAGCACUUUCAUCCGAGUGUCGCUUUAUUCGCGAACCAGAUUAUUCGAGGAAACCCGAUUACGUAUACGGGUGAUCCGCUGGAGGAUCUGACGUUGGUUCGAUUCUUGGAUCGCUACGUCUUUAAAAAUCCGAAGAAGCUGGAGGACAAGAAGAUGCAGAGGAAGAACGAUCCCUUGGCACAACGCACAGGAUACACGCCUAAAGGAAUACGUUCCUUGCCCGUCGACAGCAUGGCGUAUCUCAACGAGGCGGAGGAGCGAAUACCGGUAGACGAGUUGUUUCUAUAUCAAUACCUGAAGAGAAGAAACGAGAUGAAGCAGCGUGUCAAACGAGAAGAUGAUGAUGAUGAUGAUGCUGAUGAUGAUGCACAAAGUGUUAAUAGCGAGGAAUUCAAUGAUAUGCUGGAUCGUAUGGGCAGUGGUCAAGAUGUUGAUGAUUUAGACAUCGCAGGAAAUAUUGUACCUGAGAAGAAAAAAGCUAAAAAGAAUAAAGAAUUGGAUGACAAUGAGGAGGAUGAUGUUGAAGAUAGCGAAGAUCAAUCUGAAGAUGAAGAUAUUGUUAAUAAUGAUGAUACAUCGGAAGAUCUUAAUGAAGAUAAUAUUGAUAAUGAGUUGCAAGAUUUAAGUGAUAUUGACCUCUCAGACAUGGAUAAUGAUGGGGAUUUGAGUGAUAUAGAGUUUAACGAUUCCGAUAACGAAGAGGUUUUAGAUGACGAAUUAAUUUCCGAUUUGAAUAGAAAGUUAAUGACGAAAAAUUCGAAAGGCAAAGAGAAGGGAGGAAAAAUCGACAGCGAUAUAUUCAUGUCGGCAGAGAAAUUUGCCGAGAUGUUGGAAGAACAGAGCAAAACGAAGGGAAAACACGGUAGUAGUAACACUUUUAGCAGCAGCGACGGAGCUAGCGCUAAGCAAAUAGAUUGGGAAGUGAAACGGCAUCAACGAUUGAGAGGAUCAUUCGGGAAAAACAAACGAAAGUCUAACCAAUCUAAUAAUAAACAGAUUAAAAAGUUCAAACGAUAAAUAUGUAAUAAACAUAUUUUAUAGAUGUAA